ACGAGAAUGCCGCAGGAGACAGGCUGAGAGCGCCGUUGGUGGGUGUGUGGUUGCAUCGCCAUUAUUCAGAUAAGAUGAGUAACGCCGGCAGACGGUGGAGCAUCAACAUCCUCACCGAGACGAUCUUCCCGGGAAUCGACUUCGACACGCUGCCGACUAACCGUGUGCCCCGGCCUCCCUUCGGGCACGAGCUAGUGGCAUACCUCCCGCUCCAGAUGUGCCUCUACUUCAACAUCCUUUUCGUGCCGUGCUGGAGCGCCGUGCUCGUUGUCGCCUUCAACACCAAGUUCGACCGCAUGGACUUUCUCAACCGCUACAUCUACCUGACGGUGUUGGUGGGCGCGCUGUUGAUGGAGGCGGCCCGCCUGUACGUCGGCUACGUCGGCAGUCUGCGGGAGGACGUGCCCGACCUGGCCGGCUUCUGGCUCAUUACUCUCCUCCUGGCCUGUCCGCUGCACAGCAUCCUGCUGCUGAACACGGCGGCGCUGCGGCUGGCGCCGGAGAUGGCCGUGGCCGGGCCGCAGGUGCUGUUCGUGCUGGUCGAGCUGGCGCUGGGCUACGUGGCCGUCCGCCAACUGGCCCGGCACCAAGUCAGCAAGUUCCACGCUGCGAACGCGGCCCGGGUCGAGCUGCAGCAGGCGUAGCACCGACUGCGGUGUGUGUCUGCCGGUGGGAUGGCGGCUGGGAAGGCCCCGUCGACGACCUUGUGUUUUGUCUGAUAUGAAUGAUGUGUUGGUUGGGCUGGCGUUGUUCGAGCGCCCAUCAGUCGUGGCGCUCCGCGGUGCGCUUGAUGUGUGGAGGGAAGCUGCUCCCAUUUACUCUGACUUUCAGACAUCAAACCUGGGAGUCCCGCUCUAAGUAGCAUCUUUGUAAGGCUCUGUGAGGUUAAGAUGUUUUGAGGGCUUCGCGCGAAUUUCCGCAACAUAGCUUCAGACCAGCUCGCGUGCAUUUCGCAUUUGAGUGACCACGAUGGCGUUCCUCAAGUUUAACCAUGCCCUUGCUAUGUCAACAACGUGUGGUACUUCGUUGGGUCUUGGUCAUGGCGGUAACAUCUGAAUAUCCGCAGUAGUUUCUGCAGGAUACGAGAAGUGUCAUUGCCGGAUGAUCGUUUUGUAAAUGUCGCCGUCUGCCAGACCGGGCGCAGGCGAAAGCCCCUCAAACUGUACAUGGGGCUCAGCAGGCAAUAGUAAUGUGAAAUUUCCUAUCGGCUUGCAAAGGUAGCACCCGUCCCAAGAAAGUGUGUGGUCUGUUUUUAGGACCACCAAACCAGCUCAAUGAUUCUGCACGUGGGCCCGUCCUGUUCUGAGAAGUUUCUGGCCAUCGGUCUCCGAUAAUAUCCGCGGGUGUUUGCCGCCUUUCGUAGCUGAAUUCUGUUGACUGAAAUCGAGAAUGAUAGCUUUCUAAAUUAAGCGCGAUGAGGGUCAAAUAUUUAACGGUACGUGCGGCGCAAAUUAGGCGCGUGCACUCCGCUCUUACUUCCUCACACAUCGGAAGGGAUCAUUGCAGGCGUAAGCCUUAACGGAGGAAGCUGCAGGAGGCUUAGGAAGUCAAACCGCAUUCUCAGAAACCUGCGGGAAACUGGCCGGCGCGAAGGUCGCCAGAGCCUCCUCAUACGCUCGCGGUUGCACGACGCCUCAGCGGCGGCCGUGCAGUAGGUGUUGUGUCUUGCUGCGGGCUUAGCCCCCAAUUGAGUAAUCGGCCCGGCUUCGUCCCCGGCUGUGAGCGAUGAAUAGGCUGCUGCGCCACCCUGACCAUGGGAGUUAGAAGUGACGCAUAAUUUUCCGGGAAUAAACUAUGUUGUGCAUAACUAAGUUUUUCUAAGCCCACCGGAUCUCUCGCCGCAAAGAAUAGGUGUAAGCUACAGCGACGAAAGAUG